UAAUUCUGCCAGUGAAAAAGACGCAGCAGCCACAACAAUAAUACAGCGGAGCUCCAGCGGCUGGAAACCAGAUAAGUGUGCGAAUUCAGCGCUCAGUUCUCAGGUUAACGAACAGAGGCGGCCCGCUGCUGUCGCCUGGAGGAGAAUAAUUCUUUGCGGAGCUGAAUCCGGGCGCCAUGUUAGUCUGUGACCGCAGAUACAAGCUGCUGUCGCUGUAGGAGGGGAAGCUAGCUGCUGCUCCGUUAGCUCGUCGACACCGAGCCUCCUCCGGUUCGGCUCUCCGGUUCAUGUCACUGGGCUCCGGUACCGCGGGCCGCCAUGGAGAGCCUCUACAAGCGGAAGAUGUUCGCCUCGAUGCGGAAGACCAAAGUGGCCGCGUCGAAGAAGCGGCAGAUCGGCCUGCCCGCUUCCAUCCUGGACGACAGUGACGAGGGCUCUUUCUCCUCCUCCUCGUCCUCCGGGUCCCAGUCCGACUUCCAGAGCUCCCCGGAGGAGGACAGCGAGCAGGAGGGCCGGGACCGCAGCGAGUCCGGGGCCACCUCCAGCGACGACAGCCGCUCCGUGACCCGCAGGAAGCGCUCGUUCCUGGGCGGCGAUGACAGCUCGUCGUCGUCCAGCGGCGGAGAGGAGGACGAGGAGGAGGAGGAGGAAGAGGAGGAGGACCGGAGCCAGCCCAAGAGGUCGGUGCAGCCCCGGAAGAGGAGCCGGCUGCAGCGGCAGGACGAGUCGGACUCGGACCAGGAGGAGAAGCGGAGGGAGGAGGCCGAGAAGGCGAAGAGGAGACAGAGACACAACAAGCUGCUGGCGCUGUCCCGGAGGAUGAAGGCCCGGGUCCCCAACCGGAGGAGGAGCCGCCUGAAGCAGGGCGGCGGAGACAGGGAAGAGUCUAAAGAAGCCGAGGAUGAGGCCGGCGGCGAUGAAGACAGAAACAAAGGAGAAGAAGAAGACGGCGACAAAAAGGAGGCUUCAGGAGGUAAAGAGGAGGAGAAAGAUGAGGAAGAGGAGAAGAACUAAAAGCUUCGUCUUAAAGACUCGCAGCUUUGUACAGUUUUCUCUCCUGCAGCACUUAAAGUGGAAAACACUUAAAAAUGUUGGAGGUUUUCUUAGUUUUUUCUUGCUGCUGCAGCAGAAACAUAAAGAGGACGUUCCUCUUUAAACUGACCUAUGGAUCUCUGGUUUAUUAGUGUUCAGUCCUGCUGAUCUGCUGACAUGUUGAUUUACAAACCCCAGAUUUCAGUCAUCUGUCAGCUAAAACUGUGCACUACCAACACUAAACUUAACAGAGCUCCACUACCAAACUAUCAAAAGUUUGGGGCCACUUAAAAAUGUCCUUAUUUUUGAAAGAAAAGCAGUUUUUUUCAGUGAAGAUAACAUUAAAUGAAUCAGAAACACAGUCUAGACAUUGUUAAUGUGGUAAAUGAAUGAAUGAAAGUGGGAGUUUUCAUGGAAAACAUGAACUUGUCUGGAUGACCCCAAACUUUUGAACAGUAGUGUACAUGUAGAGCAAAGAUAACCACAGCACUUUCAUUGACUUUAUUUUUUUGUUUUGUGUUGUGUUUUUUUAGGCUAGUGACCCAGACUCUAAAAGAAUCAUUUAGAAAGUUUAAUUUAGGUUCUGCUCAUGAAUUUCUAAACAUAUUUUCCUCCUGUUCGUUUACCAUCGACCAACUUUCAUCAGGUUUUUUCUCGCAUUAAAUCUGAGUAUAUUUGAUCAACAAUAUCUGAGAAAUUAUUAAAGAUAAAAACCAGAAAUUUUGUCUCUUAUUUCUCAUCAUGUCAUCGAUUCAGAAUCUGUAAUAUUGGACAAGUAGAUCAAAUAAUCUCUGAUUAUGGAGGAGAAGAAAUUAAAGCCAGAAAUGUGUAGGGAGGAGGUUGGGGUGGAUGGACGGGUCAACAAAACACUGGACUUUAACCAUCUGUAAUGUUGGACAAGUAGAUCAAAUAAUCUCUGAUUAUGGUUGAGUUAAAAUAUGAAACAGCAGGUUUCAUGUCAUUUUAGACAACUUCCUAAUGGACAGGUUUUGAGUAAUUUAAGGUAAAUUUUGUGCCAUUUUAAUGACUAAUUUAGCCUCAUUUUGGACACUUUUUGAGUAAUUUUGGAAACUGCACAUCAUUUAGGUCGGGUAAGACAUAAUUUGAUCUCUGAUUUGUCUGAUUUCUAUGAUAAAAUAUAGAUAUAUAUAAAGAUAUUUUUGAAUUUUUUUUUGUUUUGUAGUUAGAUUUUCUUUCACUGAAAUUUGAGUCUCAUUACAGACUGUUGCAGUAUCCAGUAGACUUUGUAGGGUACGUAUACUCGUCGGGUAGAUUGUCCUGUUUAACUACUACUUGUCUGAUAUUAUAGAUUCUGAAUUAAUGGCAUGAUGAGAAAUAACAGAAAAUUUCAGGUUUUUAUCUUUAAGAGUUCUUCAGAUAUUGUUGUUCAAACAGACUCAGAUUUAAAUGUGAGGAAAAACCUGCUGGUAGUGGGUCGAUGAGCAGUUUUUAAAAAAAAAAAAAAAUUAAAUAUAUAAAGCUAAAAUUUCACAAAUAUCUUCAUAAAUAUCCAGAUUUUAUGCUACAAAUAAUUUCAGGUAAAUCAGAGAUAGUUGAACAGUAAAUUUGAGGAUUUUUGACACAACAAAACUGUUAGAGUAAAAGUAUGUAAGUACAGUCAGAAGAAAGUAGUACGUACACUCGUGAGACUGUUACACUGUAGUAGAGUUUACUAUGUCGUUACUCAUUCAUUAAUGCAAAAGCAGGAUUUCAUCUCCUGAACCUUAAAGAAUCGAAACUGAUGUGUGGAACUGGGAUCUGAAGAUACCACCUGAGUCUUUUUUCGAGUUUUAAGGUGGAACUAUUUGAGUAGUAUGAGCCUUAAAGCUAGCUAGAUGUCAAACAUUUGCGAUGUUGGUUUUAUGUUAUUUUUGAACACUAUUCAGACGUUGUGAAGGUCUUCAUGGAUGUCAUGGAUCAAAUAAAUGACCUCGAACACGUCAGUAGAUCAGCAGGUGGCGCUAAAACCGGAGCAGCUCGCCGUCGUCCAUGUAGGAAACUGGAUUCUGUGUUUCGUGGAGCCGAGAAACUGAAACUCUUCUGGUUGAAACAUCGACUCGGCGCAUAUCCGGACUUCAGUAUCUGAGCUUCUAGUUGGAUUCCUGAUCGUUGAAAAGAAACUCUAAAGGUCUGGAUUGAGGCUCCUGCAGUAUUUAGAGACCUUCAGUAUAAAAGCUUCUGUUGCACUUUUCUGCUCUUUUAUUUACCCUUUAGUUUGAAUCGGGCUCUUCUCCGACGAUUUAUAUUCGAUGCAUCAGCGUCAAAUCGACUCGAAGUCUGAAGUUAUUCGCAAGUAUUUUGUCGUACGGAGGCUUUUAAUUUGGCACAAGCAAGUAGGGCUUCAGCUAAUGAUGAAUGGAUGAAUCGUCUAAGCACGAUACGACGUAUCACGCUUAGACGAUUCAUCCAUUCAUCGUUUGGGACAUUUGUUAGGGACAUUUGCUUGUAGGGCUGCAACUAAUGAUGAAUCGAUGAAUACAUCGUAUCGUGCUUAGACGAUUCAUCCAUUCAUCGUUAGUUCACAAUAUUGAGGUACUUUCUGUCUCUCUAGUUGCAGUUUUUUCUUGACUAUCGUUCCCUCAUGUCAUUAUAAGCUGAAUAUAUGUCGUUGGGACACCUGAGCUGAUCAGUUUGGCUCAUUAAAGGCUGUUAAAACCUGUAAAAAUCUUCAUGUACAGUUUAGAGAAACAACAGUGACGUGUUUCUAGAAGAACGGCUCAGACUUUAAAACAAAAACUAUCAUUUCUCCGUCAGUUUCCUCUUAAUUCCACCUGGUUGUCCAUGAAUGUGACUCGAGAAUAAAAACAGCGACUCCUGUAGAUAAAACUCAUUUGGACAAAAGCUUUUUUCUACUUUUCUAUUUAUUUCUUGCUCUCUAACGUCGGUUUGUGUACAAUCAUGUAAACUAAAGCGUUCCUUUCUUUAAUCUCUGUGAUGUUUAAUGGACACAAUGACCAGAUGGAAGUCAUGAAUUGAGCCCGUCUGUUCGUUUUUUGAGCUUUGACGACGAUGAAUGAAUGUUUUAACGUCCAGUCUUCAGAGUGAAGCUGCUGAAGCUGAACCCACAGAGUGUUUCGGAGCCUCGUGGCCUUUUUAUUUUUCUCUCUCUUUGUUUUCUCAGCAGUCUAGAGAUGAUACACACACCUCAUAGUUGCAUCAGUGCUGUGUAUUAACCUGUUUUCAGUGUAUUUCUGGUCUUUUGUUGCUGUAUAAUGCUCUUCAGACCAAACCACCGUGUUGAAAACAACUCUUUUACUAAUAAAGGCUCUUUUUUUGAUCAACA